GCUGUUUGAUGACGUAUUUGACAUUGUAUGGAGCGCUCUUGAAAAGUUGCUAACUAGCUAGCUUGUAAGGUCCAACCUCUGAGGUAUAAUAAGAAGGGUCCAUCCAUGGCUCUUAUUUCAAGAUCAUGCAGUGGGUUCCUUGCCCAACUGUCGUCACUGACGCAACACAAGGCUUUCAGUGUGUCAGCAGCCGCCGCAGCCAUCCAGAAGAUGACCAGGGUACGUGUUGUUGACAACAGUCCACUGGGUAAUACCCCGUGGCACCGCUCGCCUAGAGUCAUCCACGUGUACACCAAGAAUGGAGUGGGCAAGGUGGGCGACCGCGUUCUACUGGCCAUCAAGGGAGGGAAGAAAAAAGCUCUUAUCGUUGGCCACAAGAUGCCCGGAGAGCGGAUGAACCCGCGGUUUGACUCCAACAACGUGGUCCUGAUUGAAGACAACGGUAACCCUACGGGAACUAGAAUUAAAGUUCCACUACCGACACACUUGCGCAAAAUGGAAGGAGAUUAUUCCAAACUGUUGGCCAUCGCUAGCAGGUUUGUGUAGUACUGUAACGGCAGGUCCUUCGUUAAUAGUUGUGAUGACAGCCGUCGUGUCCUCGUACAGGAUCAAGUCCUAUGGGGGUGAUUCCUAACACAUUUUCACGUCGUCUCCCAUUGAAAUCAACGUAUGACUAAGUGAAAAAUCUGACUUUAAGUGGGCUGUGUGCCCCUAUGUUAGCCAAUGGAAAUAUCUCCAACCAAUGUUAUUGGUAAUGAAACCAUGUUAUCGCCUGUUGUCAAUGUAUCAGACCUUUUUUCUCCACAAAGUCUCAUGUCAUUUAUGUUUGUUUUGAUAAAUAAAAUGUACAUCAUUCAAAUGAACAUCUUUGUUAUUCCUCGGUGUAAUUCUAGGGCCGGUUUCCCGGACACAGGUGAGCGUUGUCCUGGACAAUAAAGUUUCAUGGAGAAUCUGAAUUUAAUCUUCCACAGUAUGUAGUCCAAGACUAUGCCUUUUUUUUUUUUUUUGGUGUCCAGGAGAAUGUCCACCUCGAGGAAGAUCUAGGUGAAAUAUGCUCAUCACAGCCUACUGUUCAAACUACUGCACAUUCUAACAGGUGGGACUAAUAAUUAUGCCUCACCUACCCUUUUGCCCUCUGCAUGUUAUGUAAUUACAGUAGUUAACAUACUGUUCCCAAAUGAAGGCCGGUUAAUUUAAUUCUUUUUUUGUAUCCUUUCUUGAGAACAUUUCCACUACAUGGAACAUUCAGAUAGAAAUAUGUUGUGUAGAAUGAGCAAGGCACUACAUGGAACAUUCAGAUAGAAAUAUGUUGUGUAGAACGAGCAAGGCACUACAUGGAACAUUCAGAUAGAAAUAUGUUGUGUAGAACGAACAAGGCUCUGACAUAUAUAGAAUAAAGAUUCACGGCACCUCUUUGCUUGGGGACCAGACGGUGAAUUUGAUUCUGGAGAAUGGACCUCGCGUCCUUUACAAGCCGGAAUGUUAAAGAAAGUCAUAUUUGAACUUACUCUGCCAAUUUGUCUGUGGUGUUGGUCCUUCAGCUGCUUGAAUUUUGAGACGUCUCCAAAAUAAAGUCUAGUUUACCCCACUUUGUUAGAGCGCCGGUACUGCAGUUAAUGUCUAUCACCUGGCGCACAACCAUGUAAACACCUGCAAGGUAUUCAGAUGGUCUUUUAUUUCUCUUCACUAAUUGUUCUUUUGACCAAUCGGAUCAGCUCUGAAAUAGAUAAAAUGUGAUGAAUCAAAAGACUGAUUAGUUUCACCUUCAGGACCAGUUUUAUAUCUAGGUCAUUUAUAUCUAGGUCAAAUAUGUUCAUUUCUACUGUGUGUGUGAACUUGAUGAAAGCCAUGCCUCUUAUGAUUGUAAAUGUCAAGAGUUUCAAAGACCAUAAAGUAAAGUGUUCACUCCCA